AAAAUACACUUCACUUCAACUUCAACCGCCAAAUUUUCUUUGAGUUCUGGUUCUUAUUUUCUCCAUGCAAAUUCUCAGGUACUUUUUCUCACUCUUCCAUGAAAAUUAAAUGCCCAAAACUCUUUCAAAAUGUCACUAUUUUCAGCUGAACUUGUUCCUCACAACCUCCUCUUUACCACCCUACAACUGAAAGCCGCUUCACAUUCACACCAAGGUACUUUAGUGAGUUGCGUAAACCCUAAUCAUAAUGAAAAAAGUCCCAACUUUAGAAACCCACAAAGGGUCAGGGUUUCUGCUGAAACAAGACCAACCCAUUUGUUGUCUUUUGAUGUGAAAGAGACCCAGUUCAUGAAACUUCUUAAGAGGUCCUUGAAGAAGGGAAAAUAUGAUGAGUCACUCUACUUUCUUGAGUGUAUGGUUAUUAAAGGUUGUAAACCUGAUGUUAUUAUUUGUACAAAGCUCAUUAAAGGGUUGUUUCAGUCAAAAAAGAAUGAAAAGGCUGUUAGGGUGAUGGAAAUUUUGGAAAAAUAUGGUGAACCUGAUGUGUUUGCAUAUAAUGCUUUGAUUAGUGGUUUUUGUAAGGCUAAUCAGAUUGAAUUUGCUAAUAAAGUGCUUGAUAGGUUGAGAUGUAGAGGUCUUUCACCUGAUGUUGUCACUUCUAAUAUAAUGAUUGGGAGUCUUUGUAGUAGAGGAAAGGUUGAGUCCGCUUUCAAGGUUUUUAAUCAAUUACUGAGAGAUAAUUGCAAGCCAACUGUGGUUACCUACACAAUAUUGAUACAAGCCGUCAUGCUUAAAGGUGAGAAUGAUAAAGCUACGGAGCUUUUGGAUGAGAUGCUAUCAAGAGGGCUGAAGCCAGAUAUAUUUACUUAUAAUGCAAUUAUUAGGGGAAUGUGCAAGAAAGGCAUGGUAGAUCAAGCUUAUGAGUUUAUUAGGAGCUUAAAAUCUAGAGGUUGUCAGCCACAUGUUAUAUCAUACAAUCUAUUGUUACGCGCACUUUUGAAUGAUGGGAAAUGGGAUGUAGGAGAGAAGCUAAUGAGUGAAAUGAUUUCCACUGGUUGCGAGCCUAAUGUUGUUACAUAUAGCAUUUUGAUUAGUUUACUCUGUCGUGAUGGCAAAAUCGAGGAGGCGGUGAAUGUACUAAAGGUUGUUAAGGAAAAGGGAUUAACUCCGGAUGCUUAUAGUUAUGAUCCAAUAAUUGCUGCAUACUGCAAAGAGGGGAGAUUGGAUCUGGCUAUUGAAUACUUGAAUUAUAUGAUUUCUGAUGGUUGCUUGCCAGAUAUAGUGAACUAUAACACAAUUUUGGCCACUCUCUGUAAACAUGGCAAUGUUCAUCAGGCUUUGGAAAUCUUUGACAAGUUGAGUGAAGUGGGUUGUCCUCCCAAUGUGAGUUCUUACAACACAAUGUUAUGUUCAUUGUGGAGUUCUGGGCAUAAGAUUAGGGCGUUAGGAAUGAUAUCAGAGAUGCUAAGCAAAGGGACUGAACCUGAUGAGAUUACUUACAAUUCACUUAUAUCAUGUUUGUGCAGAGAAGGAUUGGUAUAUGAAGCUGUCGGGUUGUUGGUGGACAUGGAAAGCACUAGGUUCCAGCCAACGGUUAUUACUUAUAAUAUCGUCAUUCUUGGAUUUUGCAAAGCUCGCAGAAUCGAUGAUGCCAUUGAAGUAUUAGCAGCAAUGGUUGCGAAGGGAUGCAAGCCGAAUGAAACCACUUAUGUAUUGUUAAUACAAGGGAUUGGUUUUGCUGGAUGGCGAGCUGAAGCUAUGGAGUUGGCCAACUCCCUUUUUACUAUGCAUGCUGUUUCUGAAGAUUCUUUCAAACGUUUGAACAAAACCUUUCCUUUACUUGAUGUGUACAAUGAAAUCACUUAAUUGGAUUCCAAGAACUAGCUUCUGUUGAUCUAUAUUCACAUAUCUUUGGAAUAUACUGUUUUGGAUAUAGAAUUACUCUG